CUUCUGCGGUUGACGUUGCUGACUUCGCGCAUCUGUCAGUGUUCCUCAUCUGUAGUUAGGCUCAGGUGUAGUUUGUAAAAAUGUCUUCUGUGGAAGAAAAGCCUAAUUCUGUGACCGAGGAUUUGGAGGAGGACGGAGCUGAGGAGGAGAAUGAAGCAGAGGAGGUGCUCAUGGAUUUUAGGGAGCCCGUUAAAGGAGCAUAUAUUUUCUACAAAGACAGGCAAGAGUGGGCUGAUCUAGAACCUGUUCCACAAGACGAUGGACCCAAUCCAGUGGUGAAGAUUGCUUAUUCAGAAAAAUUCAUGGAUGUGUUUGACAUGUUUCGAGCACUCCUGAAGAACGAUGAGAAGAGCGAGAGAGCGUUUGCACUGAGUGCUGAUGCCAUCGAUCUUAAUGCUGCCAAUUAUACAGUAUGGCACUACAGGAGAGUUUUACUGAAGGCUCUAGAUAAAGACCUGAGAGAAGAGAUGAGGUAUAUCACAGCCAUCAUAGAAGAUCAACCCAAGAAUUACCAAGUCUGGCAUCACAGACGGAUGGUGGUGGAGUGGUUAAAUGACCCGACAGAAGAGUUGCAGUUUGUGGCAGAAAUUCUCAGUCAGGAUGCGAAGAACUACCACGCGUGGCAGCACAGACAGUGGGUCAUUCAGGAGUUUAAACUGUGGGAUGGAGAGUUGGCGUACGUGGAAGAACUGUUAGAAGAUGAUGUGAGAAAUAACUCGGCCUGGAAUCAAAGACACUUUGUUUUAAAUCACACCAGCGGAUUCUCUGACCCUGCAGUUCUGGAGAGAGAAGUACAGUACACGCUAAAACAAAUCCAGAAAGCUCCUCACAAUGAAAGUGCCUGGAACUAUUUAAAAGGGAUUUUACAGGAUAGAGGGUUGUCCUCGUACCCUGGACUGCUGGAGCGGGUGACAGAUCUUCAGGACUCGUGCAGUUCUCCUUAUCUUACUGCCUUUCUGGUGGAUCUCUAUGAAGACGCUCUAGAAACCAACGACUCCAACUACAACCAAGAAGAGACUGUAAACAAGGCCCUCGAGCUUUGUAAGUUACUGGCAGAGAAACAGGACACCAUUAGAAGGGAAUACUGGAAUUACAUGUCCCGCUCUCUCCAGAAGACAUAUGGCUCGGCUGACUCCGCCCCCUCUUCUACUGACGCCCCCUCUUCCUCGACCCAUCAUCCCGACGAGGAGCCCAGUGACCCCUGAGCUGGACCGCAGACCUAAACACAUGCUUAGACAGAGCAAGAACUUAGAAAUGCUAUGAUCUGAGAGGACUCUUCAUAUGUGUAUGAGUGUUUACCCGGCUGUAUUCGGAUAAGCCUUGCUGUACUUGUAAGUCAAAGAAGCAGUUAGCCAUAAGAAAACAUUUCAACUGUAAUGAAGAAUUAAAUGAAAUUGUUUAGUAAAUGGUAACAGUCAUCCCUAGCAUAUUCUUUGGCUUAAUUCAAGUUUACCGUUAAAGAUUUAAGUUACUGA